CUGUUACACCAUCUGUUUGUCCGAUAGAAGACAGAUGCACCAAAAAGAGAUCCAUUUCCUAAUUGUUUUUAAAGGGUAAGUUGAAACGUGAGUGGGAGGCCCUAAAGGCAGUUAACAAAAGUUUAAAAGAAGAUUUGAAGCAGGUAGGCUAAAAUACAAAUGUACAAUUUUUUUGCUAUUUUCUAGUGUCUUACUGUGGUUGGCAUUACUUCACAGGUGAAUAAUUUGCUCUCAAAGGCUGAACAAGAAAGAGAUGAACUGAAGAGAAAAACCAGAUUUAAGAGAAGAGUUAAAGAGAGUAAAGAAUACACUCUCGAUGACUGAAAAAGAAAGAGACGAACUGAAAAGUAAAAUGAACACAGGCUUAAAAGAAGAGUUAAUGGAGGUAAAGAAUUUACUGUCAAAGACUAAACAAGAAAGAGACGAACUGAAAAGAAAAGCAGCCACAGGUUUAAAGGAAGAGUUUACGGAAGUAAAUAAUUUACUCUUAAAGACUGAAAAUGAAAGAGAUGAACUGAAAAGAAGAGUUAACAAGCUUGUGCUUGGGAUCAAGGGAUGUUGGGAGAGGAACGACGAGCUGCAAAGGAAAGAAAUAGAAAAACAGCGCCAACACGAGAGAGAACUACAAGCACUUAACGGAAAGGUAGAAAAACUCAAAGGUCUUCUUGUGAAAGCUCUUCUGGAACAGGAACCUAAGGUGCAGUCAAGAAGUGGCUCCGGGACAACAUGUGUCCCAUACCAGAGCCUUGAAAAUGCUUCAGGCUGCUUGCAAGAUGUGGGGAGUCAACAAAGUGAUAUAAGUGUGAUGAACAUCUGUGAUUCUACGGUAAAGGAACAAGCAAAGCAAGCCUUUGGGAAUUGUAUCUCACUGGGCGAUAUUAAAGAAGAGGCCGAAAUGUUUGAUUUGCAGAGUAUUGUCGAGCAGGCAUCAAUGGAAACGCAGCAACCAAGUAGUGAUAUGUACUUAGCCGGUCAUACAAAAGCACAUGAAAUACAGUUACAAUGUAUAAAACUCGGCGCGUACCCAGAAUAGGCUGAGGGGCGGGGGUGGGUGGGGGGUGCGCAGUCAUAAGUAUCAUAAAAAGCGUAGGAUUUGAAGAUUCCUUUAUAUGAAAUGGCCCACUUUUUGGCGGCCAAAGGGGGAGGGGUGCACCUUGUCUUGCUCCUUGCGUAGUCUGGGAAUUGUCAACCAGCAAUCAUCCUUAGAGGGCCUCAAUGGGGAUAACCGUUAUACCGUUAGCUGGAAAAUGGCAAAAAUAUAAGCGUUUAGCGUGAAUUUGAGAAAAA